AUGGCCAUGUCCAAGGCGACACAGACCAAUGGUCAUGAGAUCUACGGAUCAAGGCCAACUGUUUACUCUGGCAUGGAACUCGUCAACGAGUGGCACUUCACCUUGGCGGCUUUGCAGGGCACAACCCCCUUUCCUGACGGCAUCAACACUCGAGGUGAAGCAUGGGCUCACUUGGUGUGCACGGAGGAAGAGUUCAACUCUUUGCAGAGUGACUCUCAGAUCACCUUCCUAAGGGCUGACUUCAGGAUGCCUGCGUGGGAUAAGGCAAUCCUGUCGUUGAACCCCAGCGAUGGUAUCAACGUCAUGUCUUAUCACUUGACAGAGUUGCACACUGCAACGCGGCGCCCCAACGUGUGGAUCCUGCUAUCAUUCCAGAUCGACUUCGCCCAUCUCGCAAAUAUGCAAUCAUAUGAUCAGGUUCGCAUGUUCAACCGAGGCUUCAGCUCUAUUUACAUGCAGCUGGAGGGGAGCAGCAUCUGGAAGUUCACGCCGUUCGAGCUUGCCCACCUCAACGCGUGGAGCAUCACCAGGUCUGAUGGUCAGUCCAACUUGGACUCCAUCAUCAACAGGGCAACAUGGGCGAAUGGCUAUCUGUGGUCCUUCAGCGUGCCGAUCAACAUGAACCAGAUCUUCAUCAACGGGAGCAUGGACCAUCUGUCACAGGAUGAGAAGUGCCGAGUUGUGAAGUUGAUCGCGCAGGCUCUUGAGUACACAGGCAUGCAGUGCUUGGUGGGCCAUCCGCAUUACCGCCACAUCAUCAUGGUGGCCAUCGAUCAGCGUGCCCGCAUUGCAGCACAUGGCUGCAAGGAUGAGGAGCGGCUUCGUGGCUCGUCUCGCCUCGCAAGCUACAUCCAGAGUCAGAGCACAGAGGACAUGGUGAGCCAGAUUUUCGCGGCUGUCAACCAGUGGCGUGAGCUUCACUGGAUCGAGGAGAUCGCAUAA